CAUGUACUCGGGUCAGUCAACUGUAACAAGCUGAGAUGUGUUAGAAGCUACACCAGUACAGGAUUCCGGUGUAUUAUUUUUCAUGUGUUUGGAAUCGUUUUGGCAUCAUUUUGGGAAAUGACUGGGAUAAGCUACACGUCUUCAUUCAUUCUGAUCCUGAGUCUUUCUCUCAUUUCAGCAGAUCUCGCUUCAGAUUCACUUUCAAAUGCAGCAGAGUCAUCUGUAACUACAGAUGACAGUACAACAGAGAUUUCCGCUGUAACUUCAGCAAAAUCUGCAGCAACUACAGCCGACGCCACUGAUUCAUUAGCUAUUUCAACAACUAUUGAUGUCACAGGAACAGAAGAACCAUCAAAUACAGCAGAAACAUCUACAACUCCAGAUGACAGUACAACAGAGCUUUCUGCUUUAACGUCAACAGAUACUGCUGCAACUACAGCUGACACCACUUCAUCAAAUACAGCAGAAACAUCUACAACUCCAGAUGACAGUACAACAAAGCUUUCUGCUUUAACUUCAACAGAUCCUGCUGCAACUACAGCUGACACCACUUCAUCAAAUACAGCAGAAACAUCUACAACUCCAGAUGACAGUACAACAGAGCUUUCUGCUUUAACGUCAACAGAUACUGCUGCAACUACAGCUGACACCACUGAUUCAUCAGAUACAGCAGAAACAUCUACAACUCCAGAUGACAGUACAACAAAGCUUUCUGCUUUAACUUCAACAGAUCCUGCUGCAACUACAGCUGACACCACUGAUUCAUCAAAUACAGCAGAAACAUCUACAACUCCAGAUGACAGUACAACAGAGCUUUCUGCUUUAACUUCAACAGAUACUGCUGCAACUACAGCUGACACCACUUCAUCAAAUACAGCAGAAACAUCUACAACUCCAGAUGACAGUACAACAAAGCUUUCUGCUUUAACUUCAACAGAUCCUGCUACAACUACAGCUGACACCACUGAUUCAUCAGAUACAGCAGAAACAUCUACAACUCCAGAUGACAGUACAACAGAGCUUUCUGCUUUAACUUCAACAGAUCCUGCUGCAACUACAGCUGACACCACUGAUUCAUCAGAUACAGCAGAAACAUCUAUAACUCCAGAUCACAGUACAACAGAGCUUUCUGCUUUAACUUCAACAGAUCCUGCUGCAACUACAGCUGACACCACUUCAUCAAAUACAGCAGAAACAUCUACAACUCCAGAUCACAGUACAACAGAGCUUUCUGCUUUAACUUCAACAGAUCCUGCUGCAACUACAGCUGACGCCACUGAUUCAUCAGAUACAGCAGAAACAUCUACAACUCCAGAUCACAGUACAACAGAGCUUUCUACCGUAACGUCAACAGAUUCUUUUGCAACUACAGCUGACACCACUGAUUCAUCAAAUACAGCAGAAACAUCUACAACUCCAGAUGACAGUACAACAGAGCUUUCUGCUGUAACUUCAACAGAUACUGCUGCAACUACAGUUGACACCACUGAUUCAUCAAAUACAGCAGAAACAUCUACAACUCCAGAUGACAGUACAACAGAGCUUUCUGCUUUAACGUCAACAGAUCCUGCUGCAACUACAGCUGACACCACUUCAUCAAAUACAGCAGAAACAUCUACAACUCCAGAUGACAGUACAACAGAGCUUUCUGCUUUAACUUCAACAGAUACUGCUGCAACUACAGCUGACACCACUUCAUCAAAUACAGCAGAAACAUCUAUAACUCCAGAUCACAGUACAACAGAGCUUUCUGCUUUAACUUCAACAGAUCCUGCUGCAACUACAGCUGACACCACUUCAUCAAAUACAGCAGAAACAUCUACAACUCCAGAUGACAGUACAACAGAGCUUUCUGCUUUAACUUCAACAGAUACUGCUGCAACUACAGCUGACACCACUUCAUCAAAUACAGCAGAAACAUCUACAACUCCAGAUCACAGUACAACAGAGCUUUCUGCUUUAACUUCAACAGAUCCUGCUGCAACUACAGCUGACACCACUGAUUCAUCAAAUACAGCAGAAACAUCUACAACUCCAGAUGACAGUACAACAGAGCUUUCUGCUUUAACUUCAACAGAUACUGCUGCAACUACAGUUGACACCACUGAUUCAUCAAAUACAGCAGAAACAUCUACAACUCCAGAUGACAGUACAACAGAGCUUUCUGCUUUAACUUCAACAGAUCCUGCUGCAACUACAGCUGACACCACUUCAUCAAAUACAGCAGAAACAUCUACAACUCCAGAUGACAGUACAACAGAGCUUUCUGCUUUAACGUCAACAGAUCCUGCUGCAACUACAGCUGACACCACUUCAUCAAAUACAGCAGAAACAUCUACAACUCCAGAUGACAGUACAACAGAGCUUUCUGCUUUAACUUCAACAGAUCCUGCUGCAACUACAGCUGACACCACUUCAUCAAAUACAGCAGAAACAUCUACAGCUCCAGAUGACAGUACAACAGAGCUUUCUGCUUUAACUUCAACAGAUCCUGCUGCAACUACAGCUGACACCACUUCAUCAAAUACAGCAGAAACAUCUACAGCUCCAGAUGACAGUACAACAGAGCUUUCUGCUGUAACGUCAACAGAUACUGCUGCAACUACAGUUGACACCACUCUUGUGACAGAAGACAGUGCACCUACGCCAGCCUCAACGACAGCUGAUUUCACAACUACAAAAGAAGUUAUAACAACAAGAACAAGUUCUACUCAGUCAACGUCCAAAACCACAACUGUCAAACCUAUUCAUUGUGAAAAUGGUGGAACUCCACAAUCAGACAACAAGGCUUGUUUGUGUCCAAAAGGUUUUACGGGGAGCUACUGCAAUACUGUUGUAACUCAAAUUGUUCCAGAUGUCCUUGAAAGGACAGUCGAUAUUACGAUGGAAAUAAAUGAAAAAUUUACAGAUGACCAUACAAACCCAUCAUCAGAUGCAUAUCAAGAUUUUUUAAAAAGAUUCAAUGAAACAGUGGUAAACUCUUAUGAAAAAGAAAUACCCAAUUUUUUGCGUGUGGAGAACAUAAUUCUAAGUGCUGGUGGACCAUUGCAACGUAGUCAAAGAAGAAAAAGAAGCUCGCCUUUGAAGGAAACUAUAAGUGAUACGGCUAGUCUGAAAGUUGAGCACGAUAUCCUUCUUAACAUUGAAAAUGACAAAAACCCCACAGAUACUUAUGAAAAAAUUGUCAAGAAUGUGGCAAUUGUUCUUGAUGGCAUAAAAAACAAUCCAGACUCAGGAUUGGUUUUAAAUAAAGCCACUGCAUCAGAGACUGAUCUCAAUGUCAAAGAGGUGUGUAUCAAGGCUACAGAAGGAAUUCCUGAAGAAUACCAAAAAUAUUAUGAAGCAGUUCCGCUGGGUGGCAAAGUGGAAUGUGUGACUCCAUGCAAUGGAAAUCAUAAAAAUGCGAAGAUUUGUAAGAACAGCGGCACCUGUGAAGUUUCUUCUCAGGGCCCAUCCUGCUAUUGCCCCUAUAAUGAUGACCUCUGGUACUUGGGAGCGGAUUGCAGUUUACAGGUGCACAAAAUUGGAUUUUAUGCUGGAUUGGGAUCAGUGGCAGCCAUGGCGGUAUUAACUGUAGCAUUCCUGACAGCUUAUCUAAUUAUAAACAAACGGACGGUAAAGAGGAACAAGGACAUUAAGCAAGAGCUAGUGAAAGAAUGGUUAGAGGAUGACUUUGAAUGGCCACCACAAAAGAAAACAUCAUACACAGCUGACCGAUAUGAUAACCCAGUAUACUCACCAGGAGGCAGACAUACACAGGACAGUUUUGGAAACUAUAAACCAUAUUUCUCUGCAAAUCAGUCUUACACCCAGAAUUUCUCUCCUGAACCUAGUAUUGAUCUCCGGUAUAUUCAGAGGGAUCAGUUUAUGAAAAUGGACAGACCUCAGAUCCGUUCAUCUUUUGAAACUUAAUAUUCUAUGUGUUUGGAAACACAAGCAUUACACCUUUGUAUGACAUGCUGAAUGUAUCUAUUGUUUGUUUUUAAAAUACAGUCUUGAUCCAUCAGAACUUAAUCAGUUGCUGAGCAUUGUAUUUAUACCACACAAUUUAGCAGUUGUACAAUUCUGCACAUUUUCUGUACCUCAAUGUGUGACUAAUAUAAUCUGACCAUAUUGUGUUAUGUAUGUAUCCCAUGAUGAAGAAAAGCAGUAGAACUUCAGAUAUGCCCUGCUUAUCUUCGGAUAUGUUAUUAAAAUAAUCAAUGUAGUAAAGUUAGAUAUCUUGUAGUUAUCUUCUUAUCGUUUUUACCUUAUUGCUCCUUAAGGUAUCAUUUCUUAUCAUUUUUUAUUAUGAAAGUGCAUUAAUAUAAACUUGUUUGUAAAUUACAUAUUAACCACAAAUUAUUUAUUAUCAUUAUACUCCACACGCUUAUGUUAAAAUAAAUUAUAUUCUCACUU